AUGNUGGCAGAGCGCGGUUCGUUGUUAGAUACUCUACGCAAGCAGUGUAAACAUACGCCGUUAACUCACAUUUGGAAUUGGUCGGUACAAAUUGUAACUGGUAUGGCGUACUUAGAGCAAAAGCGUUUCCUUCACCGUGACUUGGCUUGUCGCAACGUUCUACUAGCUUCCGGGAAUAAAAUCAAAAUAGGUGAUUUCGGUCUGAUGCGGGCGUUGCCGCAAGAAGAUGACUGCUAUGUCAUGUCUGAGCAUAAAAAGGUCCCAUUUCCUUGGUGCGCUCCAGAAUCAUUGCGAUUUCGACAAUUUUCACAUGCGUCAGAUACCUGGAUGUUUGGCGUAACCCUAUGGGAAAUGUUCACUUUCGGAGAGGAUCCAUGGGUUGGAUUAAAUGGUUCCCAAAUUUUACGAAAAAUCGACAGAGAGGGUGAGCGACUGCAUCAGCCAGAUGCUUGUCCUCCAGAUGUUUACGAAAUGAUGCUGCAGUGUUGGGAUAAAACACCUGCUGAGCGGCCAACUUUUGCUGCUUUGAAGGAAUUUUUAGUAGGUAUGUCGCCACCAAUAUUUAAAGCAUCACGGUCCUAUCUCGAAGAAAAUAGGCUUAAGAUCGAGGCUGGCGAUACCUUAGCGAUUAUUGACGGUCGCGCUGAUUUGAAGUUAAUUAAGGGGCAAAAUCAGCGCUCAUUUGAUAUUGGCGUUUUCCCACGCAAUAUAUUAGAGAAACAGAAGCAUACAAACAGUGACCUCAUACGACCGUUGCAUGAAAGCAUUCGUCAUAGUGGCGGCCAUGCUGGUUCGCCAUUUGGUUUUUGUUGGGGAGGAGCCGGAGCGAUGAGUGCGAGUGCAGAAAUACAAGCAGAGAGAAAUCGUAAAUGUGCAUCCAUGCAGCCGCAAAUGCAGCAUGCACAUCAUGCCAAAGAGAGGAAAUCGGUUUCUAAUAAACAGUUUUCAUACAACAAACUAGUUAACGAACGUUCUGCUGAACUUCAGCGAAACCAAACGGCACAGGCAAUGAAGGGUAAGACACUUGCUCACCAAAAGCAGGGUCCUCAGCGUCCCCCUCCACCACUACAGCAACAAAGCGAGGGUAUUCUGAUUGAUAUUUCGCCGGAGUUUGGACUUCCUUCGUCGUCUAUGAAAGUCGAUGAUAGCAGUUCGCUAAAAGUAGAUAGCACAUUUUGUAUAUUAGAUGCACCGAUUGAUGUGCCUACUGAGGGCGAAGAAUAUGAGGCUACCGCUGUCGCUAAUGCAUCUGGGUUACUUUCUAGUAAUGUCACAUCAUUGAACCAAAACUUCCGGAUAGGAGCUUCGUCACCUGGUCAACGCCAACCACCCCCUUAUCAAAUGCCACCCACUUACUCGAAUACUAUUGAGUUCUCGCACCAACAACAGCCACAAUCGAUGCAACAUCAUGAUCCCUUCGAUACUAGUAGUGUGCAAAUGAGUAGCGCUGAAAGAGGAGGAAUUUCUACUUAUACAGGUGCUAUUUCUCUAUACUCAAACGUUAUGCGUCUACAGCAGCAACAUCUACAGGAGUCAAUAUUACGUGCAAACGCAACACAGUCAUUAUGUAACAGUCCUUCAGCACGGAAAAGUCUUUUCUUCGCAGCGUCUAAUUGUCCAAGCAAUAAAGAAAACAUACCACAUUCCCUUGCCACAGAAGACUCAAGCGCAGUGAUUUCAGAAGGCCAAGACACUCUGCAAUCAACGCUGAGCUCACUUAGUCUUGAAAAGCCUAUAGAGCCAACUAAUGCAGAGGGCAAUGUUUUGUUGGAUAAAUCCUUUAUUGCCGAACUCGAGAAGGGCAUGUAUAGCAGCAAAGGCCAAAAUGAUUAUGAACGUAACUCCGCACAAAUGUAUGCUAAUAAAGAGAUUGUUUACAAACAAAAUUUAACGCCGUUAAAAAAUUCAGUCAAUCAGUCUAGCACAACAGGAACAUCUAGUACCGGCACUUCGCCUCAACUACAAAGCCCCGAAUCGUACAAUACUCAUGCAAACCAACUACAGAACUCAACUAGGCCUAUGUCAGAAUUGCGUAAUAAUGAUGAGAUUAAACAAAAUAAUUUGGAUGCGGCUGUUGCACAUGAAAUGUGCGUUGCUGUGAGAAUGGGAACCGGGGCAUCAGCUACAAGCACCCAAGAUGUGAUUAAUCGAAUAUGGUAUGAGCGUGUCAAUGGCACAUCAGGGAAUUCGACGUACUAUGCGCAUCCACCGGAUAAUAUUUACCAAAACCAGGGUAAUUACGCAGAACGUCAUACAAAUACUGAACAGCCGAAUCAUAGUUUUGUGGCGAUUUCAAAUCGCGUUGUCGCACCAAAAACGCAAGCAAACAAGGUUUAUGCUUCGGCUGCUUCUCUAUAUGGCAGUAUUGUUGGUCGCGAAAUGUAUGAUUCGGUGGCUCCAACACCCUCAACAUACUACGGCCAAUUACCUUUGAAUGCCAUUAGCGUUGGCAAUGAAAUUUUUACAAACAGAUUACCAACCGCAUCAGCAGCACCUGCAGCGAUUUACGAUGAGGUGACUAUCGAUGACUAUUUGCGUCCACAUCGGCCGGCGCCUUUGGCCCCACCACAGCUCUCUACACAGCAAAUACAACGCCGUCUAGAGAAACUAAAGCAGCAGCAGGAUAAUGGUGGUGGAAAUUUGUAUGCACCUAUUGCAGCCGAAUCCGCUCGGGAGAAUGAAAAAAUUCAACAAAUACUCAAGGAUUUGGGCUCCGCUGCUCUGGAAAUUGAUGUACGCAAUGCAGUGAGGGCCGCAAAUGGCGAUGCAAAUGCUGCAAUACGACACUACAAAAUCGAUCAACUUACUAGACUCGGGCUUGCAAAUCGUCCACAGUGUGAACAAGCGUUACAGAAAACCGGUUGGAGCCUAGAACUAGCAGCUGCUGCGUUACUAGAAAAUACUUCAUAGAAGGUUUAAAUUCGCCAAAUUUUCAAAAUACUCCUUAUUCUACUAAUUUAUCAUUCCAAACUCUCACCUUCUCGAAUUCUUUAAAUUUACGAUUAGUAUUGAAAGUCAAUGGGCACGUAAAGAAAAAAGUCAUCGAAUACAAAAAAGGUAAACAAAAUACAGAGCACGUUACAAAACGUUAACGAAUUUAUUUCUAUUGACCGCCUCAAUUUAGAGCGAAAUCUCGAAUAUUGAAAAUACCUGAUGUUAACAGUGUUACGAAAAAUUUAGAAUUAAUAUUAAUUUUUAUUUAUGAAACCCAUUAACUAUAGCAUAAAAAGCAACAAAUGUAUUAGAACUAGAAGCAUUUGAAGAGUAUUGAUAGCAAAUUUUAAUGCUAUCAAUUCCAAAUUCCUAGUACACUAAACUCAUAAUAUAUCGACGUUAGGCAGAUGAGAAAAUUACAAUUUUUAAUCGAAAAAUUACAUUGAAGUACAUAUAUUUUUUUAUGUAAAUGAAUAAGAGAACUUGUAACCUGUUAUUGCAUGUAAAUGGUAACAUUUUAAAAUUCUGUCAUAUUUUUUGGAACUCAAUAUAUUGGGUGCUUUCCAAAACGUCAAAAUACAAGGCAUCUGUCUCUUUUAUUCCUAAACCGCACUUGAAAACUAGCAUCUAUCCGUGGUUGCGCUUAUUUAGCAUUACGGUCUAUUGAGGUUGACGUUUUGGAACGCACCCAUUCUUAGAAGUCAGUAAUAUAUUUUAAAAGAUUUGAAUUCAGCUGGCUAACUUACUUUUUAUAGUAAUAAACUGACAAUUCUGAUCGAAAUAUGGUUUUGAAGUACAGUUAUUUAAUAUCCUGAAAAUAAAAGGUUUUUUUUUGCUUUUAAAGUAGGAUAGAUAGCCAAAACUAACUUAAGUCAGUCGAAAAUCAAUACAUUCAACCGUGCAAUGAAUGAUUAAUGUAUCUGUACAUAAAUGAAAACAUCAAAAUGAAAACCCAGCAUAUUUUAAGAUACGCCCUUUUAAUAUUCUUAUUUAGGGCUAAACUUUUUGACUUACUUAGCUUAUCGUAAACUAUUUGCAAAAUGCCAGAGGAAUCCAGCAAUCAAAAUCUUUUUCGCUCCCCUUCAUGGACCUUUAUUCGAAUAUUCUCGUCGCACAAGACUCUUGUGACAAUAGGAACGCAGACCAGAGAUGCCAACUCUUCUGUGGCUAAUUCCCCGAAAUUCCAGAAAAAAUUCCCCUAUUGAUGAAAAUCUCCAAAAUGAAUUUUACUACAUAUUUAAGUCACUCCAAGCUCAUCUUUUAUUAAUAUCAUUAAUUGUGCUUAUAUCAUGUGAUAAGGACAGCUUUUUUAACAUUUCAUUUUUACAAUAUAAAAAGCUAAUUAAUAUGAUGGCUCGUGGCGAAAACGAAACGAGAAAAUAGUGUGAAAUGUGUGAAAAACGAAAACGUGGAAAAUGUCGAUAUGCACAGUGGCAAUUUCUUUAAUACACGGUUGCACGAGGCAAUUUGUAAUUUAUAAAUGCAAUUUUAUCCUCAAUAGGAAUGUUCUAAUCAAAAUCGUUUGUAUAUUGAAUUCCCCAAAAUUUAAAGUCAUUCCCCCGAUAAAUUCAAAUGCCACCAAAAUCGGGGGAAUUCUCCCCUAGUUGGCAUCACUGACGCUGACAAAACUUAAGGUAGUUCAUGUUAAGAAUUUUGCGUCAAUUAUAUUUUAGAGCUAGGUGUACGCACUGUUAAAACACUAUUGCUGGAAGAUCAGAAAACUAAAACAACUAUCUCGAUGACUAUUUUCAAAUAUUGUAUUUCAGCAUUUUAGAUUAAGUAUUAUAAUGGAAACCCUUUAAUACUUUCAAAGUUUUUUUUGACACACCGCCCAGUCAACAUUCUUUUCGCCAAAAAGUUCAACAAUGCUAAGUGGCUAUAAAUUUUAAAUGAAAGAUAUUCUUAAUUUUUAAUUUAUGAAAUAAAUUUAUAAUACAUAUGUAUGAUUUUAAACAUGCAUGAUAUUAAAAAUAUUUGAAUGUAUGUACGUUGUGUUAGAAAUUAAUUAAAUUACGUAGAUAGUGUUAAUCAAUUGCGUAAAUACAUACAUAUGUAUAUACUCUACAGGGCAUAUGUGUAUGUAUCUAAUGAGUAUUACUUGUACAUUGGAUGUUUAAAAAGAAAAUAAAGUAAUACAUUCUUAAAUUUA